AUGCCGUCGCAUACCACGACACGGAUCCGUACGACGAUCAACUUCCCGCUGGAGCUCCACUACAUCAAAUCGCUCUUUCUACACAAACGAUAUCGCCAAUGCAUUCAGACCUGUCGCGAUAUGCUUAAAGCCGGUGGCGACUCUGUGCUGCAGCAACCUCUACAGCAGACGUUCAUCAACUUCUACCUAGGACUUGCGCAUGAGGAGCUUGCGCGUUUGAUGCAUGAGCAGUCGCAAGCGAAGAUCCCGGCAUUCUGUCAGGCUGAAGAUUCCUAUGGAAUUGCACUGCAGCUGCUGCCCAGCGAUGAGGAUGCGGCUGGCUCAGCGAGCAGGGCAGAGGUGCCUGUGAAGGAGGAUCCAUUCGUUGAGCAAACAGCCAUUGCCACUCCUACGCCACCAGCAGACGAUGAUGAAUACGACCCUUACAACUACUUCAGCCCCUCGUUCACACAGAUUUCCGCCGAGUCGGUUCCUGGCUCUCCGCCAAAUUUCACAGACACAAACGACCUGCCUUCACGAUCGCCACAGCCUAUGUCUCGGGACAGCACAAGCUCAGACCUAGAAAGCCACUCCAGCUUCGACCAAAUCAUGAAUCCUCACAAGACCCUCCAGCGUGACGCCUCACGGAUGUACUUGCUAGACGCAGUACCACAGAAAGGACUCCAACGCGACAUAUCUCGCAUGUCCGUCCUCGACUCGCCACCACGCAUUCCGCCAAGACCACAGAUGCCCAAAAGCGUGUCGCAAGGCCUGCUGCGACCAAUUCGUCCCGGCGUGCCGCCGCAGGCAUUUCAUGUUCCUCCUCGACUACCGUACGUUGGUAGCUCAGCGAGUACGUCGAGGUUGCCAAAACUGAUCACGAGGAAUGCAUGGGGUUCCCCCAUUGGCCACGUACCAAAGACGAUUCGUGAGGAUCGGGAGGAGGAGUAUUAUGAAGCUGAGCCUGUCUCACCUAUUUCACCUAGUGAUUGGAAUGAUGCUGCUUCGAACGCUUCGACUAUUUCGCCGGUUUCUCCCGAGACGCCUACAAGGACUUAUGGCUACGAGCCAGCUGCGAUAGAGACUGCAGAUCCGGAGGUCCAGAAGAAAAUAAUUCCGCAGGAGGAUGUAGAUCAGGAGGAUGUGAUCAAGCAUCCCCAAAGCACUCCAUACCAGGACAUGGCAACACAGCUCCAAACGCAUCUUCGCCUGCUGCAUGAGGCAAAAGACCACGCAAUCACUAUUCAAACCUCCCGUAAAAUCUCAUCCACAGCUCCGACCAACGGCACACCUCGCAUACCACUUCGCUUGAGUCUAGACGGCUCCACACAUGACAGCAGCAGACCCGAGAGCGUGUCUAGUAAGCACGACAGCGUGGUGGGAGAGGCGAAGCCGAGGCGCUUGCCGCAGAGUAAAAGCUACUGGUCUUUCAAGCCGGACGAGGUUAGCACUAAUGAGAAGCGGAGACGGAUCGAAGACGGACGGGAGAGGAUGUGGACGAGGGAGAGGUUUGAUGGGAGAAAGUAUGGUUUGCUUGCUGAGCGGGCUUUGGCGGAGAUUUGA